AUGGCGUACGUGGCAGCUGGUGACUCUGGGCGCCUUGGAGCGGGAGUGAGAGGAGGGCGCGGAGGCACUGAGUGCCGGGCGAUAGACCCCGCGCGGAGGAAUUCCUGCGACUGCUGCCCCGCCUGCUGGAGGAGCUGCACUGCCCUGACUGUGAGCUCUGCAGCGGAGUCUGCGCGACCGCGCUGCGGAGGCCGGGCGCUGGCCUGCGCCUUCUGCUUCUCAGAGCUGCUGCCUUCCCUGCCCUCAGGAUCCCUGCAGCUCCUUCUAAGCUACCCACUAGACGCACCCAGGUGGGAAGCAUUGGAGUCCUUGUGCCAAAGCCUGGGCGAUCAGUACUGCUGCCGCCAUAGCCUCCUCCUAAAGCACCUGGACCUCACGAUAUCUGCAUUCCACUGGAGUGAUCGGGCAGAGCCCCAAGGGGAGGCCAUGAAGGCAGUGCUGUUCCCAAUUCGAGACACUAUGACCCCAGAAUCGGAUGUCUCCAUUGCACACAUCCUGGCUGCCCGAGCUGAUCUGUCUCGUCUUGUCCCAGCCAUGAGCAAGGCUGCCCGCCGAGGGACCAGCUGUGCCAUCAACAAGGUGCUUAUGGGCAAUGUGCCAGACCGAGGGGGCCGUCCAAAUGAGUUGGAGGCUCCUAUGCCCAGCUGGCAGAGCAGAAGAGAGAAUGGAGGUGGGAGGAAGGCAGGCCGCCACUGCUGGGGCGAUAAGAAGAAGAAAUAAAGGGGGACUGGGUCCUCUAUGAGAUGCUG